AAGUUUAUUAUGAGAAGAAAACAAAGCCGUGUUCCAUAAGGAAUAGUAUUAUUUUGCGCGCAUGUGUCCAGUGGAAGAAAGUGAAAAAAAGAAAGUAAUAUUUGUGGUCUUUGGUACUCAGGAUAGUAUUUUUUCUUCAAGAGGACCCGAAUCAUCUUUUGCCAGGAUGGCACUCGCGCGGCUUGCGGUGAACGACUGUGCACCCCAAACCUCGCGAGUCAGCUCGAAUUUGCACAGCAGCAGUAGUAUGGCAGUAAGCCGCGUUCCGAGCCCACCACCGCCGGAAGUGAACACCCCUGUUGCCGAGAAUUGGUGUUACACACAGGUCUUGUGUGCACAGGUGAAGGUGGUCAAAUUCAGCUACAUGUGGACGAUAAAUAACUUCAGCUUCUGCCGCGAAGAAAUGGGAGAAGUACUCAAGUCGUCCACCUUCUCGGCGGGAGCCAACGACAAAUUGAAAUGGUGCCUAAGAGUAAACCCUAAGGGACUGGACGAGGAGAGCAAAGACUACCUGUCCCUGUACCUCCUUCUUGUUUCCUGCAAUAAAUCAGAAGUCAGGGCAAAGUUCAAAUUUUCUAUUCUUAAUGCCAAAAGGGAAGAAACCAAAGCAAUGGAGAGUCAACGAGCAUACAGGUUCGUUCAGGGUAAAGAUUGGGGCUUUAAAAAGUUCAUUAGGAGAGAUUUUCUAUUGGAUGAGGCCAAUGGGCUUUUGCCAGACGAUAAACUCACGAUAUUCUGUGAGGUAUAUACCUUUGUCAGUGUUGUAGCAGACAGUGUUAACAUUUCCGGACAAAGUAACACGAUACAGUUCAAAGUACCGGACUGUCGGCUACCCGACGAUCUUGGUCUUUUAUUUGAGAACCAAAAAUUCAGCGACGUUACGCUGACAGUUUGCGGAAGGGAAUUCCAGGCGCACAAAGCCAUUCUCGCUGCACGAAGUCCUGUAUUUUCGGCGAUGUUCGAACACGAGAUGGAAGAGAGGAAACAAAAUCGCGUCGACAUAACGGACGUCGAACAAGAAGUAUUGCGAGAGAUGUUACGAUUUAUAUACACCGGUAAAGCAUCGAAUCUUGAAAAAAUGGCGGACGAUCUUUUAGCUGCCGCGGAUAAGUAUGCGUUAGAAAGGCUAAAGGUAAUGUGCGAGGAAGCACUCUGCGGGAGUUUAGCAAUUGACAAUGCAGCAGACAUCCUCAUACUCGCCGAUCUUCAUAGUGCUGAUCAACUUAAAGCGCAAGCCAUAGAUUUCAUAAAUACACACGCGACAGAUGUGAUGGAUACGUCGGGAUUUAAGUCAAUGGUAAAUUCCCAUCCGCAUCUGAUAGCCGAAGCCUUCCGUGCGUUAGCAACUCAACAAAUUCCACCUAUCGGACCACCAAGGAAACGAGUUAAACAGAGCUGAAAGCAAUCACCCCUUACUCCGGGCACAACAUCCACAUCGCCCCCACCACUUCUACAUCCUUCAUGACUUUUGUGUACAGUGAUGAUAACGAAGUAGUGCGCUAAAUAAAUGUUUCCUAGUGUGCGGCAGCUAACACAACAACUACUGGUCCAACUUUAACGACGCGAUAUAUAAUGCAACAAAAUACAAACACAAGAAAAAAAAAAAAACAAAAACUUAAAUAAUACCAUACCCACCAACACACACACACACACACAAAAUACACGUACAUAUAUAACAUAUAUUCGUUGUGUGAGAAGAGAAAAAUAAAAAUUGCCGCUGUCAUCGUCGUCGUCGUCGUCGUCGUCGUCUCUUAGAAAAAGAGAGGGGAGGAUGUGUUUGAAGGAAUGGUGGGCUAAGAGGGAGGGAGGGUUUAUCGUCUUACGCUCAUUCAUUCUGAAUUUGGUGUCAGUGAUAAUAGUGUGCGUGUGCGCGUCUUCUUCUUCUACUUCUAUUUCUUCUUGUUAGAAAGACAGUGAUUAAUUAAACAAACAAACAAAAAGAAAAAAAAGAUUAAAAUAAAGUUUAAAUGUACUUCUUUAUUGGACGAUGAUGAACGUAAAAAAAAAAAAAAAACUCGAUAGGCGAUGAUGAAGUAUUAAAAA